AUGGCUACACCAAGAUUCCAGAAAGUCAACUUUGGGAGCUAUGAUAAUUAUAUUCCAGUCAGUGAAUUAAACAGAAAAUCAUGGAAUCAGCAAUACUUUGCCCUGGCAUUUCCCAAACCGCCACGGCCAGGAAGAAAAAGGAGAUCAAUGCCUUCCCAAUUACGAGACAAUAGAAUUCCUGAACAUGAUCAAGGCAAAUUAAGGGGACUUCGUAAACAACCAUUAUGGAUGCACCAUUCUGUAAUGACAAUUUCCGAUCCAUCUGCUUAUUUAGCUGCCAGGACGCAGCCUACAGCUAAAUCAACUCGUCGCCCCAGGGAAGAUGCUGGAGUAGCAGAAAUAGGAACUAAAGGCGAAAAAGACAUUGCAAAAACAGACGCCAAAAAAGACAAGAAGGGUUCAAAGAAGGGCAAGGAGUCAGCUACCGAAUCUGAAGAUGAGAAAAAGGAUGCAAAGAAAGGUUCCAAAAAAGAUAAGAAAGAUUCAAAGGAGGGCAAGGAGUCAGCCACAGAAUCCGAAGAUGAGAAAAAAGAUGCAAAGAAAGAUGCCAAAAAAGAUAAGAAAGAAGCAAAGAAGGGCAAGGAGCCAGCUAGAGAAUCCGAAGAUGAGAAAAAGGAUGCAAAGAAAGAUGCCAAACAAGAUAAGAAAGAAGCAAAGAAGGGCAAGGAGCCAGCUACAGAAUCCGAAGGUGAAAAAAAGGAUGCAAAGAAGGAUAAGGAGGAGAAAAAAGACACAAAGAAACCCAGUGAUAAGGGUGAUGAAUCAAAGGACAAGAAAGAUGUAAAGGGGAAGGGGAGUAAAAAAGAAAAGAAAGAUGAAAAGAAGCCCGGUAAGACAGAUAGCAAAUCAAAGGACGAGGCCAAGAAAGAUGCCAAAAAAGAAACUGAGACAGAUUCUGCUGAUGCAAAGAAGGAUGCAAAGAAAGAUGCAAAGAAAGAUACAAAGAAGGAUGCAAAGAAGGAUGCAAAGAAGGAAGCAAAGAAGGGCAAGUAG